UCUCAAUGAAGGAAAGAAAAAAAACGAAGAAGAUUCAUUCAGCCCAAUAACCCAAGGCAACGGCUAGUGAGGCGAUGGAGAUUAACUGAUCGCCAGGUCGAAGAAGUGAAGCGUGGGGAUGGCGACACCGUCAUCGUCAUCAGCGUCUUCAGUAAGGUCAUGGAGGACGGCGUUUCUGACUCUCCGAGACGAAUCGAUGUCGUCCUCAACCUCAAUUUCCGAACUUCUCCACAACACCAUCCUCUCCCACUCCGAUUCCUUAAUCGCUGCCGCUCACUACCUUCCUCCUCCCGAAGUAUCAUCAGAUCUGCUGUUUCUCCUUGAAGUGGCUACUCCUGCUUCAAAAACCGCGCAUGACAUUGCCCCCGUCUUCGCAGAUAUCAUACAUCUGAUCCAUGGUAUUUCUUAUGAAGUUGCUCUUGAAUUCAGUUCGUCCUCUUGGGUCCUGCUUCUUCAAUAUUUUGAAGAUGUGAUCCAAUUCCUUCUUGGAAAACUUAAUAUUCCCGGAAAUUUUGCUCAAAUCAGACCUGUCUUGGAAUCUUUGGAGAUUGUAAGACAUGUUGUCUGUUCACACCAGCGCAAGUUUUUACCAUCAGAAGAUAUUCAGGUCGCAAAGUUCUUGCUUUCCGUGAUUUCUGGCUCUCAAUCAGCAAUAUUUCCCUCGUCAAAUCCAAUCAUUAAACAUGGUUAUACCACUGAAAUUGUGAAAAGUGUACCCAAAUGUAAUGGUUUAUGGGAUGUUCAGGCUGUAGCAUUUGAUCUGCUUAGUCAGGCAAUCACAAGUCUGGGGUCGUAUUUUCCAGUUGAUGUUUGGAUGUCAACGAUUCAGGUUAUUAGAAAAGUGAUGGAUUUCUUGGCCUCUAAUAGUCUACUUGUUGAAGACAAGGUGAUGUCCAGGUAUUAUCUAUCUCUUUUACAAUGUCUUCAUUUGGUUUUAGCAGAUCGCAAAUGCUCCCUUUCUGACCAUGUGUCAGCUUUUGUAGCAGCACUGCGUAUGUUCUUUGCCUAUGGUUUUCCGAAUAGACCCCUACUUACUAGUUCAGUUGGUAAUCAAGGGAAAGAACCUAGCUUGACUAGUACCCAGUCCAGUUUAGAAGAACCAAAAAAGACAAAUAAUAGUGCAUAUAGGCCCCCUCACAUGCGUAGAAGAGAUAAUUCAAAUACGAAGCAGGCCAGUGUUCAAAAUUCUCAAAGUUCAAUGGCUGUAGAGUCUCUUAACUAUGAUUUCAUAUCUUCAGAUUCCGAUCAUGACAGUGAUGGGCAAGUAAGAGAUACCGACAUCAUUCCGAAUGGCAAGGUUCGGGUUGCUGCUAUUAUUUGUAUACAGGAUCUUUGCCAAGCUGACCCCAAAGCAUUCACCAGCCAAUGGACGCUUCUUUUGCCAACUCGGGAUGUGCUGCUUUCAAGGAAAUUUGACGCAACUUUAAUGACAUGUCUGCUAUUUGAUCCUUUUUUGAAGGCACAGACUGCAUCUGCUGCAGCCCUGGUUGUUCUGUUGGAUAGGACUGCUUCCAUUUCCUUGCAGAUUGCAGAAUACAAAGAUCCAACUAAAUGUGGAUCCUUUAUGCCACUUUCGAUUUCCCUUGGGCAGAUACUGAUGCAACUUCACAUAGGUGUUCUAUACUUGAUCCAACGUUCGACUCAUGGUAGAUUGCUGACAAUCUUGUUCAAGAUUCUUUUACAUUUGAUAUCAUCUACUCCAUAUCCAAGGAUGCCUGAAGAGUUGUUGCCGAACAUAGUAAAAGCUUUACAAGCGACAAUUGAAGAAGGCUUUCCAUUCAAAAGUGAUCAAACUUACCUGCUGGCUGCUACUAUCAGUUGCUUAAAUGCAACCUUGUCAACUUCUCAGUCCUCGCCUCAUGUAAAAGAGAUGCUUUCCAAACAAAUAUCCACAGCUCAAAAGGGUAACAGUGUACUUGUCACAUUACUUCAGUAUUCUGAGCAACUAACCAACCCAACCGUAUGCAUUGAGGCUCUUCAGGCCUUAAAAGCUGUAUCACACAAUUACCCACACGUCAUGUUUGCUUUCUGGGAACAAGUUUCCUCAGUUGUUUACAGCUUUCUAAAUGAAGCUGCUCCUGAAGUUUCUACAGGGCAGUGGAGGUUGCAUAUGAGAAACAGUGUUGGAAUUAUUGGAGAAAAAGUUAUGACGGCCGCUAUCAAGGUUUUGGAUGAAUGUCUUCGAGCAAUAUCUGGGUUUAAAGGUACUGAGGAUCUUCUGGAUGAUAACCUACUUGAUUCUCCAUUUACUUCUGACUGCAUAAGGAUGAAAAAGGUCUCAUCAGCUCCAUCAUAUGAAAUAAAGAAUUUAGAUGAGACUGUUGACAGUUCGGAGGAGGCAUGUGCAGGAAUGAUGCAGUGGUGUGAGGUGAUUGAGAAGCAUUUACCAAGGAGUUUGUUGCAUGCUUCUGCAAUGGUGAGAGCUGCAUCCGUUACAUGUUUUGCGGGUAUUACUUCCUCUGUUUUCUCCUCUCUCUCUAAAGAAAAGGAGGAGUAUAUUUUGUCUUCAGUGGUGAAUGCUGCAUUGUAUGACGAGGUGGCUUCGGUGAGGUCUGCUGCUUGUCGUGCCAUUGGUGUCAUAUCAUGUUUUCCUCAAGUUUCUCAAAGUGCAGAGAUUCUUGACAAGUUCAUCCAUGCUGUUGAGAUCAAUACUCGCGAUUCUUUGGUUUCGGUAAGAGUAACAGCCUCUUGGGCAUUGGCAAAUAUAUGCGAGUCGAUGCGUCGCUUUUUUGAUGAUUUUCCUUCAGGACAGCACACAGAUUCAAUUGAACGUUUCAAUUUAUUGACACUAUUAAUCGAGUGCAGUUUGCGUCUAGCAAAUGAUGGAGAUAAGAUUAAAUCAAAUGCUGUCAGAGCUCUUGGAAAUCUUUCAAGGUUGAUAAAGUUUCCAUGUUCACCUUCUACCUGUGAGAAGCCAGUAAGCAAUUCAGGGUUAUAUUUAAUGGCUAAUAAAUCUGAGGAUCUUUUGUCGAAGAGUGAUUCAAAAGUCCAUCCUGGAUGCACAUCGAAAAAUCUCUAUGAUACUUUCUAUAAUUCAAGUUUGCUCGAGAGCAUAGUUCAGGCAUUUAUUUCUGGGAUCACAACGGGAAAUGUUAAGGUUCAGUGGAAUGUUUGUCAUGCAGUAAGCAACUUAUUUUUAAAUGAAACGUUGAGACUACACGACAUGGACAGGGUCUCAUCACUUUUCAAUAUUCUUUUGCUGCUACUUCGUGAUUCCUCUAAUUUCAAGGUGAGGAUACAAGCUGCUGCUGCUUUAUCUGUGCCAGCUUCAGUGUAUGGCUAUGGGAAGUCUUUUCCUGAUGUAGUCCAAGGUCUGGAGCACACAAUUGAGAACCUAGAAUCGAGUCAUAUUCUUGCACCGAGUUUCAAAUAUAAGGUUGCACUUGAGAAGCAGUUGACGUCAACCAUGUUACAUGUUUUAAGUCUCGCUCCAAGCACUGACCAUCAUCCCCUCAAGGAUUUUCUGGUCAAAAAAGCAACAUUUCUUGAGGAAUGGUUCAAGGCACUUUGUUCAUCGAUCGGAGAGAGAAGUAAUUGGUGUGACUGUGAAGAAAAUUCCACCAACAACCAGAAGAGGGAAAUGAUAUCCAAAGCUUUACGGUCACUGAUUGACGUGUAUACAAGCACGAAUCACAGUGCAAUUUCUCAGAGAUUUGAGGACUUGACUAAAUGGAUUCACUAGGGAAAUGGAUGGGAAGAGGAAUGUUUGAUUGCCAUAGGCCAUGAAAUGCCGUUAAAGAAGGUGUUUCACAAGUGAGAGUUUGAAGAUCUCGUUCUUGUUAAUUGGAAAUGGAAUAUGGAUUUUUCUGGUCAGAGGUACUUUGCAGCGAUAUAUUAUUUAUUUGGUUAAAAUUUUGAAGACUAUGCUGGCUAUGCAGAUUAGGAAACUUUCCUUGUCGUGAGGCUGGAAGAGAAUAUUUAUUUUUAAGUUAUACUUAUUUCGGAUGUAAUGUACAGUAGUUUGUGUUGGAGUAAGUUGUAAAGGUUGUAGUGUAAUUUUUUAUUAGUCUAUUGUUAUGUAUAAUACUGUUGGAGUUUUAUCUUCAUUUCUUUUUGUAAUAAACUAAGACUGAUGAAUUUGGUCGAGUGUAAUAACUAAAAUUGCCUCAGAAAUAUGUUUUAAUAA